AUGGAAAACGAACUAGUCAAAAAGCUUUCUAGCAUUGAUUUAACUGAAGAAGAAGAAUCGAUUAUUGAUUUGGAAGAUACGGUCACUACGGAAGGAGUGGAAGAAGCCAUUAAGGAAUUAGGUCAUGCAGGAAAAGCUAUUAAAGGAAAGCUUCCAUCAGUUCGAAUCCUCAAAAUGAUUCUUAGUGAAGCGUGGAAACUGGAAAAAGAUUUUGAUCUGCAAGUCCCGAAAGAAGACAUCCUUAGUAUCCAACUUUAUUGUUAUAAGGACAAGAACAAAUUCCUCUUUGGAGGGCCUUGGCAUCUGGAACGUCAACUGCUAAUAUUCAAGGAGGUACCACCAGAUUUAGAUCUAUCAAAACUGGACUUCUCAUGGGCAGAUUUCUGGGUUCGAAUAAGGAAGUUUCCGGUGAAUAUGAGGAAUAUCCAAAUGGCAGAAAAGGUCGGUUCUAUGUUUGGUAGGUUCAUUCGAUGGGAUGAGCUACAUUCAGGAGUUUCUAGUGAUUAA